GACUCAUAGCAUCCCGCCUGGGGGCCAGUGAACAGCCAUGAUGCUGAACUGGAAGCUGCUGGGGUUCCUGGUCCUCUGCCUAUGCGCUGGAGGCAUCUCAGGCAGUGGGGACCCCUCUCCCAGACCCACAGACGCCCAAGAAGAAGAGGAGUCCACAGCACUGCCUCUGGGCCCGCCAAUCCCUGGCGACCCUUGGCCAGGGGUACCGCCUCUGUUUGACGACCCUCCACCUCCAGGCUCCAACCGCCCCUGGAGAGAUCUGCCUAAUGCUGGUGCCUGGCCCCCAGAGCCCCCUAGCACGAAUCCCCCUCACCCCCCUCUGCCUGAUGACCCCUGGCCGGCAGGGACCCAACUGCCAGAAAACCCCUGGCCACCUGCCCCUGAGAUGUACCAUGAACCUCAAGAGGAACCAGACCUUGACCCACCCCAGGAGGAAUACAGAUAGAGGGGGGCCCCAGAACUUGAGCCUCCACAGAGCACACCCAAGCCCAGGGAUUUAUCCUGCUGCCCCCUUAAUCUCAGUUUUUCCUACUUUCCUAGUUCCCUUCCUCAACCUCUGAUUGGAUGGUACUCAGGUGUUCUGCAGCACCCCCUCCACCUCAAGGUCCA